AUGUCAGGGAAGUACAUUAAAAGGAUGCAAGGUGAGGAACGAGGAUCAAUGCUAGUCAUAACUUCGGCAACGGACGAAAUGAGAGACAAUCUACGGGAGAUAGUCCGUGGUUAUUUGACGGACAAAGUCCGCCUACUGGAACUUGAAUACCAACCGGUGACAUCGAAAAGCGUAGCAUCAAAGGCCAUGGAAAAGUCAUGGCGUUCGAUCUCAGAAUUUAAUGUGCAAGUCCAUGUUCACUGCAAACUUUUGGGCUCCAGAUACUGGUUUGGCGAGGAACUGAUGGUGUUUCUAAUACUGAAUUUCGGACCACUCGGGAUAAACGUCGUUAUGGUGGCGAAGCCAGGCUUGACACAAACAGUUCGCGGUCUUGGCAUUCAAAGGGGCCCGAAACUGGGUCCACCUCCACGAUAUAAAAAAUCCGUGAUCCUUCAAUAA